AUGGAUACAAGACAAAAAACUCAAACUACAGAUCAUACUACGGAUCCAAAUUGUAAACUACUAGAUUUAAGUAAACCUGAAGAAAAUGAUCUUACAAAUGAAAAUGAAUUAGACAGUCGACGUAAAGAUGUACACAAAUUCCCUCAAGAACAAUCAAGGAUAUUUAUUCUACAAUUGUAUAAAAAUGCAUCUUUAUCAUUUCGAAAAUUAGAACAUGUUCGAGUAUGGACUGUAACAUACGUUGGAAUGCAUAGUUCUGAUUCUGGUGGUCUAUAUAGAGAUUCAAUUACUGCUAUGUGUGCAGAUAUUUGUAGUACGAGAUUACCACUGUUUAUUCUAUGUCCAAAUGGACGAACAAAUAGUGGACUGAAUCGAGAUCGAUGGAUCCAAAAUGUGUUUCCAUCACAGACAACAAUUCCAAGUAAAAUAAAAAAUUUCUAUAUAUUUAUUGGUCAACUUAUGGGUAUGGCUAUACAAACUAAAAAUUUAUUGAAUUUACAAUUUCCAUCAUUAUUAUGGAAACCAUUAGUGCGUCAAUCAGUUACUGUUGAAGACAUUGAAGCUAUUGAUAUGCAGAGUUUCACAACCAUAUAUGAGAAAUCUUUCGCUUGA